GCGGUUCUUCGCCGUCUCCGCUGCUUCCAUUCCGGUCAUGUUUGAAUUUGACUAGUUAUUAUCCAGCGUUUUCACUGAGGCUUGUCCGUACCAUCCGCAAAAGCAAAAGCCUUGAUCUGAUUUUCAACCUCUAUUUUCUGCGGUGACGUUGAAGUAAAUUUUUUCUCGUUUUGAUCCCUGAAACUAAUUUAUCUUUUCGCUUUUCAUUCAAAAGUAGAAGAAAUUGUUGAUUUUUACGGCUAUGAUGACGGAAAUUAUACCAUCAAACUAUGAGAGUUCUACGCAAGCUCGUUGAUGUAAUCUCGAAUCAUUAAACUCUGAGCCUAUUUCUUCUUAGAUCUUCAAAAAGCAUUUUAUUUACAAUUUACCUGUAGGAAAAGGCAAUAAAUUAGAGUCUCUGAUGCGCUUAAUUUCCGUAGCGUUUUCAGCGCUGUACGUUGCCGAUACGGAUCUUUCGGGGGCUGAGAUUCUGGCACUCGGUUUUUAGCUGUUCUGCAUUCAGAUGUCCCUACAGUUUUUAUGUUUUUGAAAUUUUGUUGGAGAUCCAAGCCAGAUUACUGAUCCAUCUUCAUCUAGAUCCCUAAAUCCCUUCAAAAUCGGUGUAAUUUAGUUUGAUUUUGCUCUAAUUAUUGAUUUUUUUCCAUGAAAACGCUUCACUAUCUGGUCAGUGUGGAUUUGUUUGGUUCCCAUAUGACUCGUUCCCUUGAAGCAAAAUUCAUUGUGUUGCUCUUUUAUUAUCUCUCCCCAAACUCUUUUCCCUUGUUUCUUGGGAGAACACUGGAGCAACUAUAUUUGAAAUCAGUACUCCAAAUCAUUAACUCUAGGUAAUGAAAUCUAGGUUUGUGUUGGUUUUGAUAAAUUUGUUUUUUGAUGGGAGUGAUUUUGAGAACGGUGAUGAGUCAAACAGACCUGUAAUGAUUUGCGGUGAUGAUCGCAAACCUAAUGAACAUCUAAGGGACUGAGUUCUGUAAGACACUCCCAUUCCCUUUUGUUUUCAUUGUUUUGACAAGUGAUUCAGGUUUUAUGGCUUCAUCUUUAAGCUUGAACUGAUUCUAUCAUAUGGGUUUGAGUAAUGCUGAAGCCUAAAUCCAAUGUUCCCCUCGCUAUCCAUUGCUGCAAUGAUGUGGUAUUUGGACGUCGGGGAAAUACAUCAUCUUGUGCACUCCUAAACGUGUUUGCACUUCCGAGAUCAUAUCAGUAUUACGGAACUGUGGUUUUGUAUUCAUUACCUUUUAAAUCAAUGGGAGGCAAAUUACUCACCAUGUUCAGAAAGUUGAGUUCUUUGGCUCUCCUUGAUUCAAAAAUGUGAUGGAUUGAACUAUACUGGCGUAACAGAAGUUUUGACACCUUUCAAAUGUCUGUCUGCCUCAUCUCUUUGAAGAUCUCAAAACUAACCUGCACUAAUGGUGUAUGUAGCCGGGAGCUUUUCAAGAACUGAAGGCUGAAUUCUGCAAUGAGUUGUGUAUAUUACACAUUGAAGUUUGAUUUCCUUUCUCUGCGGUCUCAUGGUUGAGCUUUGCAGAUUGUGUAUUGUUUAUUAAUUCAAGUAAGAAUUUCAGUUUCCUGGCAUCUGUUAAAUCUUUGGCUCAUGGUUAUAUAUGUAUAAGAAGCUGUUAUUUUCAACUGUGGAGGAUCAUGACAUAUUCUCCAUUUAUGUAACAUUUUCAACUAAUUCAUAAAUUCUAAGGGAUAGG